AUGGCCGCUCCUACUGCAGUGAAAAAAGCUGUUCCAGCGACGAAACCAGUCGAAGAUGCAGAGGAGGAAUUUUUGAUCAACACUACAAGCGUUCCUGUUGAGGAAGAAAAAGAACCAGAGAAGGUUGAGGAAGAUGAAGAAAUGAAAGAAGAAGAAGACCCUACUCCGUCAUCAGUGGUGUUGGAUGAGGGGGGUAAACCGAAAUUUACUGCUGCGGCCAAAAGUGGUAUGAAGGUUAAAUUGGAAAGCAGAAAGGUGCCCGUCCCACCUCAUAGAAUGACCCCUUUGAAGAACACCUGGGUCAAGAUAUACCCCCCAUUGGUCGAACACCUCAAGUUGCAAGUGAGAAUGAAUUUGAAGACUAAAACUGUUGAGUUGAAAACAAACAAGUUCACUGAAGAUGAAGGUGCAUUGCAGAAAGGCGCCGACUUCAUUAAGGCAUUUACAUUAGGAUUUGAUGUUGAUGAUGCUAUUGCUCUUUUGAGAUUGGAUGAUCUAUAUAUCGAGACAUUCGAAAUUAAAGAUGUGAAAACUUUAACUGGAGACCACUUAUCGAGAGCAAUCGGACGUAUUGCAGGAAAAGAUGGUAAGACCAAAUUUGCCAUAGAAAAUGCCACCAGAACGAGAAUCGUGUUGGCAGACUCCAAGAUUCACAUUUUGGGAGGAUUCACCCACAUCCGUAUGGCCAGAGAAGCUGUUGUCUCGCUCAUUUUGGGUUCGCCUCCGGGAAAGGUGUACGGAAACUUGCGUACCGUGGCUUCCAGAAUGAAGGAACGUUACUAG